CGCCCAUGUAAAUUUGCUGUAAAAUCAGGGUAGAAUGCGUAGGUUUCUUGGUCAAAUAUUGGAGUGACGAACGGGGCCAUCUGCAGAGAGACACACGGAGAGGAGAGCCCGUUCCAAUUUUCCUGUUGGUAGAAGACAAUGGAGACAGAAAUUGAGCAGCAGGAGGAAGAUACUACAUUCAGCAACACUGACACAAACGGCAAACGCCCUGCUGAGGACAUGGAUGAGGAACAAGCCUUCAAACGAUCUCGCAACACGGAUGAGAUGGUGGAGCUGAGAGUGCUGCUACAGAGUAAAAAUGCAGGUGCUGUGAUUGGGAAAGGUGGCAAGAAUAUUAAGGCCCUUCGGACAGAUUACAAUGCCAGUGUAUCAGUCCCAGACAGCAGUGGCCCAGAGCGCAUCCUGAGUGUGAGUGCAGAUAUUGAGACCAUCGGAGAGAUUCUUUUAAAGAUCAUCCCCACUCUUGAGGAGUACCAGCACUACAAUGGUAUUGACUUUGAUUGUGAGCUGCGCCUGCUGAUUCAUCAGAGUUUGGCUGGAGGCAUCAUUGGUGUCAAAGGUGCCAAGAUUAAGGAGCUAAGAGAGAAUACACAGACCACUAUAAAACUCUUCCAAGAGUGCUGCCCACAUUCAACUGACCGCGUGGUUUUAGUGGGUGGUAAACCAAAACGAGUGGUCGAGUGCAUCAAGGUCAUCCUUGAACUGACAUCAGAGGCUCCUAUUAAAGGACGUGCCCAGCCGUAUGACCCAAACUUCUACGAUGAAACAUAUGACUACGGUGGUUUCACCAUGAUGUUUGAGGAGAGGGGACGGCGGCCUAUGGGAGGGUUCCCCAUGCGUGGGCGUGGGGGUUUUGACCGCAUGCCCCCUGGACGUGGUGGCCGUCCAAUGCCCCCCUCCAGGCGAGACUAUGAUGAUAUGAGUCCCCGUCGAGGGCCGCCGCCUCCUCCACCAGGGAGAGGUGGCCGAGGUGGGAGCCGUGCCCGAAAUCUUCCUCUGCCUCCUCCUCCGCCACCCAGGGGAGGAGGCGACAGGUUUUCCCACCAGAGCUACCAUGGCAGUCUGGACGACAGACCAAAUGACAGAAGGGGAAGACCUGGAGACCGCUACGAGAGCAUGAGUGGAGGAGGAUAUGACAAUAACUCUUCUUGGGAGCCCUUCCAGUCUGGCGGUCGAGGGUCUUACAGUGAUAUUGGGGGUCCCGUCAUCACGACACAAGUGACCAUACCUAAAGAUUUGGCUGGUUCCAUCAUUGGAAAAGGAGGGCAACGGAUCAAGCAAAUCCGUCAUGAGUCGGGAGCCUCCAUCAAAAUUGAUGAGCCUCUGGAGGGUUCAGAGGACCGCAUCAUCACUAUUACAGGAACACAGGACCAGAUUCAGAAUGCCCAGUAUCUACUGCAGAACAGUGUGAAGCAGUACUCGGGUCGAUUCUUCUAGAGGACGGCGAGCGAAGCCAAACUGCCAUAGCCAUUUUACUUCAGCUUCUUUUCAGAGUCUACAUUCCUCUGCUUCUUGGGUAGAUGUGCUCCCUACUACUCUCUUCUAACAUCAAAAAAAAAUUUAGCGGAGGUGUCUCAAGCAGCAGAAAGAGUGGAUCCUUUUCUUAACCCCACCUCCCACAGCACCCCCUGCUUUUCUUGUGAGCAAUUUCUCUAUUUUUUUUGGAAUUCUUGUACUGUUCUGUGCAGGGCUCAUCUAUAUGUCUACUGUUAGCCUUACCAGAACUGCAUGCCUGUUCAGUGCAACAUGCAGAAUGUGAUCUGUUUCUGGUGAAUGAAUAUGAAUAUUAUUUUUUAGUGUUUUGUAUUUUGUUUUUGGGGGUUUUUUUUGUUUUUGUUUUUGGAAGCCCUCCCCUCUCUCUUUUAAAGACAAACUGUAAAUAUUCACUUUUCAUUUGGUGUGAGAGUAGAGGUUUAAUAUCAGUACAAUCUUAUUUAAUCGAUGAACAAAUGCAAUGGAUUAGAAGAAGGGGAAAGUUGGAGGUGGAACAUGGAUUCUUCCCUGAUGAAAUGAAGAUUUCUUUUCCCAUGUUACUAUGUUUUGUAAUCCACCCAUGGAGAUGGACUGACUACUUUAACUGGUUAUCAGGAUCCAUUCGAUCUUGCUGAUGCUUGUUUUGUAUGUCUGUUUGUAAGCAUUUUUAACAUUUUUAGAUGUUUAGAUGGGAUCUUUCUAGACACCAGUCAGCUGGAGGAGAAACAAACGGUUUACUGUAAAGAUAUGUGGCAGGUCUCCCUGUAUUCUCAUCUAUCUUUCUCUUUCUCCUUCUUACCCCCUCUGGUUUCUAUGUAGAAUGUGCUGCAAGUCUGAAUAAAGUCUGUGCCACCUUUUAUUAA